CUGACUCUGGUUCUGUUGAUGUGGACACAUCGCGGGGGCAGAUCAGUCCCUGCCUACCUUUCAGCCGCAGCGGCCGCCUCCAGACUGAACUAUGGCCAGCUUCGACCUGCUUCCAGACGAGUUACUUGUCAAGAUAUUCUCGUACUUGGGCAUUCAUGACCUGACUUGUUCUGUACGAAACGUCUGCUCUUGGUGGAGGAGGGUUUCCGAGGACGAUGCGAUAUGGCUCAACUUGCGCUACUGCCCUACUGGACUCACUCCACUCAGCGAAAUCAAUUUUUUGCUGGAGAAUACGCCGACUCUGAGACAGUUCCACUACACCGGAAGUCUUAAUUUCGUACGAAAACUAUGUGAAUGCUGUAGAAAAGUCAGCGUUUUACAUAUUCCCCACACCACAGUAACUGCAAGCGAUCUUAGGUUAGCUGUGCACUGUCUAACUGAGUUGAGAGACCUCGGCGUUUAUAUCGCGCAGGAGGAAAUGGCAGUUCUGCUCACCGUUAUCAUUUCCAAUUGCAAAACACUGGUCUCUCUAACUUUGUACUCACCUAUGGGAGUCACGGCAGUGAAUGGAUUGCUCUUACCUAUUGCAGAUGGCUGUCCGAAUUUGACGGUAUUAAAAUGUAAAGCCCUAGACAGUACGACGGGGGAUUUCUGUUACUUCUUGCACCGCAAAAAGGAUAAGCUCGUCACAUAUGAGUACCACGGGGCAGUCACUACGGGCAUCCUCAUGGCCAUAGACGAGUGCACGAACCUGAAAAGUGUGUCUUUCUUCGGCCAUGGAAUUAACGGCAUAUUCACUGGAGUACCUCCGCUUACGAAACUACAAAACUUAAAAACGUUGGAAAUCUCAGGCUACACGUUCCCCACGGCAAACACGAUGGUUCUAAUGUUAUUCCAUAACAUAUUAUCUCAACUGUCGUACAUUUGCUUAUCUUACAUAGGAGGAAAUAUCGAUACAAUUACGAACGAGAUUACGCUGAAGUGUCCUUUGCUUACGCAUCUGAAUCUCGAAGGAAAUGAACUUCACUGCGAAGGACUGCGAAAUAUACAUUCCUGCAAAAUGUUGAAGUAUCUAGAUGUUUCUUCCUGCGUGAGAGUGGAGAGGAGGGGUAUGACUUACGUUGCCGACGGCUGUCCCCAGCUGCAACAUCUCGACUUCUCUCGCAACCCAGUCUCAGAGAGAAUCUUUCGGCAAAUCCUGAGAUUUAAAAACCUAAAGACUCUGCUGAUGAUGAACUGUUAUUUAACAGACAUUAAUCUCCGAUUAAUCUCCACACAUAUUAAUGGUUUAUUGUAUCUCUUAAUUGGACCUGAAUACGAAUUAGCCUACAGCCUCAGAAAUCAACUUAAGCGAGAAAUGCCACAGUUGCUUAUACAAGAGACUUCAUUUUUAUAUAACGGAAAUGAGUAUGUCCGAAUGAAGCGUGACCCCCUCCCCAAGUAUCUCUCUUGAACACUGUGCAUAUUAUCUUAGUGCCCAAAAACAAUCGGACGGCAGCAUUUCUAACAUACUCUGUGAAAGCGACUGUACAUCUGAAGUGGGUGUGGCAGUCACAGCUUCAUUCCGCUUUUUAUGAUCAAUGUGCAUUUUAAUUGUGUGGCAAAUAAACAAGUUCAUGGUUUUCAGUUA